AUGCUGAGGGACUCUAUGAAAUCGUGGAAUGAUGGCCAGUCGGGUCUCUGUACCAGUGACCAAGAAGAGGAAGAAGAGAUGGUUUUUGGUGAGAAUGACGAUGAUUUGGAAGAGAUGAUGGAUCUAAGUGACCUGCCCACCUCUCUUUUUGCCUGCAGUGUCCACGAAGCAGUGUUUGAGGUGCAAGAGCAGAAGGAGAGAUUUGAAGCACUCUUCACCAUCUACGAUGAGCAGGUGACGUUUCAGCUGUUUAAAAGCUUUAGAAGAGUCAGAAUAAACUUCAGCAAGCCGGAAGCCGCAGCCAGAGCGCGCAUCGAGCUCCACGAGUCGGACUUCCACGGGCAGAAGCUGAAGCUGUACUUUGCGCAGGUUCAGGUGGCCCGGGAAACACGAGACAAGUCGUACCUGCAGCCGCCCCAGCCGGUCAAGCAGUUCCUCAUCUCGCCGCCCGCGUCCCCUCCGGUGGGCUGGAAGCAGGGGGACGACGCGAUGCCGCUCUUAAACUACGAUUUACUCUGCGCCGUGUCCAAACUGGGGCCAGCUCCUUAAACUCAGAGGCAGUGAAUCAUGUCAUACAAAAAAAAAAAAAAAAAAAAAAGAAAAAGGGGGAGGGAAUAGGGGGGGAUUUCCCCCUAAUGGACACAGUGAAUAAGGCAAUGAAAAAUCAUAGGUAAUGAAGUCAGUAACUUAUUAAUUUUAAUUAAUAAACUGGAUGUUCCAUAUUUUGUUUUUGCUGUUAUUGUACCACUAGUAUUGGAAUGUUCUCUUCAAUAGUGUGACCUUGGUGGCCAGCAAUUGCAUUGACCUGUAUGUGGGCUUUCCCAGAUUGUGGUAGUGAUACGAUUAAAAUACAGUCACACUUGAGAUGUGACUCCAGUGAAGCCCAAUGAGAUCAGCCUGAUUAGGAAAGAGUCUGCAGUGGAAUGACACUCUGGGUGCUGGUAAAUGAGUCCUGUGAAAGACUGACAACUGACUGCGCCCACACUUUCACACAGACUUUUAUGGACCACGGCUUUACUUUUAAAGGGGAAACCAAGCAUAAUGAAGCAAUGGGAAAUGUAGGAGGUUCUUUGUGCAUCAGGUUCACGGUCUGCCGGACAUGAUCUUUUUCUCCCGAGCUGUGGACUGCGUAGCUGUCACAGGUGGACUUGGUCAGUCCUCCCUUUCCCACUCCUGGGCUCCCUUUCACACAGUUACAUUGGCAUCUUCCUGUGCGGAAGGAAGCAUUACCUGUAGUUAGUGUGCCUGUAUCUGUAUAUAUAAAAGGCUAAUAUGGAAGCGUCCCUCAGCAGUUCGACCAGAACAGGAGUUCCAUCGCUCGCUAUGACGUGCGCUGACUGCCAGGGGGGCGGGGUGGUACAUGGUGGGUGACCAUCAUCAAUGGGGUGCUGAGGGAGUGAGGGAAGGAGGAGGCGGGGAGGUUGGGGGGAGCAGGGCAGGGACCCUGGGUGGCAAGGGAUGUAGAAGGCCGGGAGGCAGGGAACCUGAUGGCCCUGAUCGUAGGCCAGGCCUGGACCCUAGUAAAGGCCUCCAGUGAAGAAAUAAAAGACUUGGGAAGUAGUUGCCUCCUAGCUGGGGAGCUGAGUCCAUGUUGUAGACGCUCACUGUUAGAAAGUAAAAUAGGUUUAAAGAAUAAGACGUAGGAACCUUGUCCCACAGUUUGGUAUAUGCUCAGUUGUUUUCUGAACUCCCCUUGGAGUGUGGUCAGCCUGAUCAUCUCUAGCUGCCCUUGUUCUUUCUAAUCGUGAAUCGGGAAGUGUUAGUAAUGUGAAGAGUGUUGUUAUUAUUACCAAAUAUACAAGCAACAAAACAACCGAAAAUUGCAACAAGUGCUAGUUUCGCUGACCGAAAAGAUGAUAAAAACAGUCAAGUUCAAAAUAGAAGUAUCCCGCCAAGAUUAAGAAUCAUCGUCUUGGGUUGAGUCGAAGUAUCUCUGCGCAUUUAAACAAGCCCGACUGGCGUGGCUCAGUGGUUGAGCGUCCCUAUGAGCCAGGAGGUCACAGUCCGAUUCCUGGUCGGGGCCCGUGCCCAGGUUGUGGGCUCGACCCCCAUUGGCGGAUGUGCAGGAGGCAGCCAAUCGAUGAUUCUCUCUCGCUGAUGUUUCUCUCUCCCUCUCCCUUCCUCUCUGAAAUCAAUAAAAGUAUAUUUUGAAAGAAUAAAUAAGCAGGGUCUGGUGUAAACGUACAUUUCCCUUUGAAACAAAAUCCCGCCUGUAAACCACACAGCUUUGGCCGAAUGUUCAUUCUUGUGCCAGGGCAGGUUCCUGUCAUUGCAGACGAUGCGUGUUUCGGUGUUGUUUUCUGUGUGGUCCCAAGCUUCCUAACGCACAGUGGGCAUGGGGAGAGACCAGGUGGCUAAUCCUGUUCCUGUGCCCUACGUUCUUCCCGCGGCUGCUCUGCCCGAAGCCGGGUCCCGGGGGUGGGGUUUACGUUUCUGCGGGUUUGUGCAAAUCCUGCAAAUUAGAGAAAAGCCCCUCCGUCCCUCUGUCCUAAUGGAGCUCGGGAGCUGAACGCACCGUUUCGUCUGAACGUGUCUGUGAUCUUGUGUUCUGUUCCUGGGCAUGUUCCCUUGCUGGUAUAAACUCUAGUAAAUAUUCAUUGAAUUUCAAAAAACCGGUCAGUAAUUUGCACACAAGUGCUCCAUGUUUUUGUGCGCUCCACGUGGCCGUCCGGUGUUUGUGAUAGUCUGUGUCUUGCCAGCUUGGGCUGUCCUAUACUUUGAGGACAUUUAAAUAUUCCUUGUCCUGUCAAGGUGACAAAAGCAGACUGUCAUUUUUUUUUUUUUUGGAGUCUAUGAUUAAUCGUAACAAGUUUUGUUUUUAAAGCUAAUAAAAAUAAAGUUAGUGUUUGUUUUUUUUUAAUCAAGCCGAUGAAUUGA